GAGAUAACCGGUCGGUCUCAGUAUCCAUCCUCUUUUACUUGACUUCUCGUCUUCUUUCUCUCCAGAUUCUUUGCACUUUUUCACUGUUGUUUCUCCGUUUGUCUUUUUUUUUUUCUGGCUCGCUCACCUCAUCCUUUUACUACUAAAAACACAAGUGAAUAAUGUUGAAGCUAAAUCUUCACCAGUAACAUCUCUAAGCUUUAGCCAGAUUCGUGUUUUGUCUUUGCGUUCGGAGCGUUCUUAAUCUGAAGGAAAUGAAACAAAAACGCAAAAUGGUCGGUGGUGAAAGUUUGAGAAAUGGAGAUGCUAUCAACAAGGACAUGAUCAGUGAGUUACCUGAAGCUUUACUCCUGCAUAUAUUGUCUUCAGUUCCAACAAGAGAUGCCAUAGCUACUAGUGUUUUGUCCAAACGGUGGAGAUCUCUCUGGAAGAUGGUGCCAAAGCUCGACUUUGAAUCUAAUAUUGAACAGGUGUCUUCAGAGGAUGUUUACAGGCUGCUGCUUUUGCACAAAGCUCCGUUUCUGGAAAGUUUACAUUUGAACAUUGAAAAUACAAGUGGUCGUUUGGAUAUUGGAAUCUUGAUUGGAAUUGCAUUGUCUCGCCAUGUGCGUAAAUUGGAGUUGGAUCUCUACAAUGAUGGUCACAAGACAGUUAGGUUUCCGAGUGUAUUGUGUAGCUAUAACAAUACACUGGAGGUACUCAAGCUCAUGUAUCACGUUCUUUUAGACUUCCCUUCUCGGGUUUGUUUCAAUGCCCUUAGAGAGCUGCAUCUUUACUACGUGGUAUUUGAAAAUGAAGCAUCUGUUUGCAACCUUUUAUCUGGCUGCCCUAGGCUUCGAGAUUUGGUUGUGGAACGAAAUAGCAAUUUCGAUGUGGAGACUUACACUAUCGCUGUACCAUCGUUGCAGAGGCUAACCAUAGAAGAGGAUUAUAGUAGCACAGAUGUUGGUGGUGGAGGCUACGUGAUAAACGCACCAGCUUUGAAAUACUUGAACAUCACAGGCCUCUAUUUUAUUGACUUCUGUCUGAUUGAGAACGCGCCAGAACUUGUGGAAGCAAAGAUCAAAGAUGUUUCUCAUAUAGCCAAUGAGAACAUUCUUGCAUCUCUCACUUCAGCCAAGCGUCUUUCCUUUCACUUACCCUUGGAGAUUAAGUAUCCUACCGGUAUCAUCUUCUUUCAGCUGGUAUCUCUGGAGCUGCAUAUAUAUAAAAUAAUUGAGUGGAAUCUACUUUCUUGCAUGCUCGAUAGCUCUCCUAAAUUGCAAAUCCUCAAGCUCAUAGGCCCAUAUCGCGAAGAAUGUCCGGUGGGAUGGGAAUGGAAUCAGCCGAAAUGUGUACCGGAAUGUCUGUUGCUCCAUCUGGAGACAUUGGUGUUGACAAAAUACAAAUGGGAACGAGAAGAUGAGAAACAAGUGGCCACAUACAUCCUCAAGAAUGCUACACAGUUGAAGAAAGCAAUUUUCUCUCAAACAUACAUCAAUCCGAAAGAGCUGAGAAAUUUGGAAGAGAGGCGAAAGAUGCUCAACGAGUUGGCUAGUGUUGUCAGAGCGUCUACUUCAUGUCAACUUGUAUUUAAACCAGAUGAUCUCUAGAAUGUUCUAUGAUGUUUUAGCAAAUUGGAAAUUCUCAACUUCUUGAAUCUUUCAAGAAGUCUAGUGGAUUCUUAAGUGGUAAGAUUCUGGUGCAUUUUGAUGAUUA